AUGGCCGAACCCCUCCAGAAGAAGCGCCUCCUGCGCAUGACGGUGGCGCACUAUCGCCAGCCUAACGUCAGUGAAGACGAGUUUUAUCAAUGGGUGACCGAACAGCAUGCCGCCCGGGCGGCCAAGCUACAUGCUAAGAAUGGGAUCGAGGGAUUUUCUAUCUUCUUCGCCCCCAAGUCGUUUCGUGACUUCACAUCAGAACUCAACAACGCGCGCGGGACCCCAUGGCGGGUUCGAGACUUUGACGCGCAAGUCGAGUUCUUGUUCCGGGACAUGGAAACGUUCUACAAGGGGGCAGCAGAUGCGGAUUUUCAGGCGCUACAGGCAGAGGAGGGGCCCUAUAUCAGCACCGAGGGUGCAGAAAUCAGUCUUGGCUGGGUUGUGUAA